CUAAUUCAAGUACACGUUGAUCCCAAUCGAGGCCCGCCCGCUCCUUGCGAGCAACGAGCCAAUCGAGAUUCCAUCGCGUGCACUUUGGCACGUGAACAGCGAGCGCCUGCUUGCGAAUCAAGCCACAAUAACUUUAGAUUGAUGAAAAAAAGCACACAAUUCCUCGCUUCCAUUUCGGCGACCGAAACCCAACGAUCGUCGUCGUCGUCGUCGUCUUCUUCUAUUGCCCCAAGACGGGAACGGCUGGGCGAACGGAAACGAGUCCACGGAGACUUUCCCACUCGGGUUCAAAAGGUCGUCAGCGAAAUAGAUACUUGGAUUCUGCGAGGGAAUCGAAGCGAGAAAUCAAACGAAGGACGACGACGUCCCACGUCGUGCGAGUCCGUCUGAAAGAUGUCGGAAUGUUGAUUUACGACGACUCGUUUACCUGCCUUUGUGGUUGCAGCAUGGGCGUCCGGACGCUGCAGUGUUUCCCCUUCUGCAGACGCUGCAAAAGCAAAGGCUCCCCCUCAGCGGCAGCUGAGACGCGACCCACAAAAACCCGGUUCAACUCGGCUCGCUCGCCGUCGUCGUCGUCGUCGUCCCAAGAGGAGCGCAAAGCGGCCCGCCCGGCCUCCGGCGACGGCCCGAGUCGGGGCCCCCGAAUCUACUUUUCCUCCAAAGCCAGGAUGUCCUUCAGACACCAGCUGGACGGCAACGUCAACGCGGCCGACGCCACCGACUGAGCGCCGGUCAGCGUCGCGUCGACAUUCGGAACCUCUGCCGAGGACUGGCAAGAGACUCGAGUCGCGGGCAGGAGUUUCCCACCCACCGCCGAGUGCGUUCUCAGCUCGUUUUUGCAUCCCGGCGGCCAGAAGACAAAAUGUCCAACAUUGAAAUAAGCAGCACAUUUCUGAAAACAAGCGUUGCAUCAACACAUGUAGACAGACAACAAUAUAACAAUAUAACAAUACUCACCGCCAUAUAUUCUUCAUCCUCUGCUUCCUUCCUGGUUUGUGUUUGCACGGCUGUAUUAUACUGCCCCCCGCUGGCCACGUCACACACCGCAAAGAGCCGUCACGGAUUGAUCAGGAUGCACACAUUGGUUCCUUCUUUACCGUUUAUUUAUGGGAUCACUCUACAAUAUCAUCGAGGGACAUUUCCCUGAUUAAAAUUGGAUGUUACAUUGGG